CAGAAAAGCAGAACCAAAAACAAAACGUUCACGUGUACGACUGAAAAUAAACAUUUUCGUGUCAGAUCAAUUCUCGAAUAACAUUUUGCCAUGUUGUAAUUCAACUUUAUUUAUAAAUUUUAUUUGUUUAAAUUUAUUUCUUUUUACAUUUUAUCGAGAUUUGAUUGACGCAUUUAUUCCUAUAAUUUAGAAAAAUAUUUAUAAAACUUUUCAAUAUGAAUGAACAAGAUAUUCCAAUAGAUAUUCAUCUUAACAAACUACUUGAUUGGCUUGUCAGCCGUAGAAUUUGUCCUCGUGAUUGGCAAAAAAAUAUUAUAACUGUAAGACAAAAUAUAAAUAACGCUAUUCAGGAUAUGCCUGCUGUAGAUGAAAUUGCAAAUUUAUUAGCUGGGACUUAUAUUAAUUACUUUCAUUGUCAACGAAUAGUUGAAAUUUUAAAAGAAACAGAAUCUUCUACUAAAAAUAUAUUUGGGCAAUAUUCAUCACAGAGAAUGAAAGAUUGGUUAGAAAUAGUGAAAUUAUAUGAAAAAGAUAACAUAUACUUAGCUGAAGCUGCUCAGUUAUUGGUUCGCAACAUUAUUUAUGAACUCCCUUCUUUGAAAAAACAACUAGUUAAAUGCAAACAGAUUCAAGAAGAAAGUGUUAAGAAAGAAGGAGAUUAUGUGAAGAAUGAACAUGCUAUGCGUGAAAAUUAUCUUUCCUCUUGUCAACAAAUUGGAAUUGAGGGAAAAAACAUAAAAAAGGAGCUGCUUUCAUUGUUGGAUGAACUUCCUGGAGCCUUGAAUGCUAUUGCAAUUUCGGUCAAAGAGCUUGCACCUGUCCGAAAUUAUUAUGUGGCUUUCUUGAAUUUUACUCUAAAAAAAGAUAUGGAUUCAGAUUGCCUUCUUCUUUUGCAUCAUAUUCUUGAGAAGGGUAAUACAACCACCUUUGAGUGGAGAACUGGUGAACCACCCGAAGUUGUUGAAGUUACUACACCAGUUCUCCCUCUAGAUGUCGAUUGUGGAAGUUCAGGAGCUGCUGAUGACCAGAUAGAUUUUGGAGAUUUGAUUACUAAUUCAGAAUCAGGUGAUGACAGGAGUUCUAGUUCUCCAAAUGGAGAUUUUGUCCAUGUUGAUAGAGAAGAAUGUAAACCAGAUAAUGGGGACCAGAUUGAUUUUGGCGAUUCGGAAAUCAAUUGGGAUAUUUCUGUUGAAACUUCAGGCACUUCUGAAUUUCAAGUUCUUGAUAGUGGAUCAGGUGGAAAAGUGGCUCAUGGUAUUGAUGCAUUGUCUGUUUUAGAAAAUGAAUCAACUCGAAAUUCUUUCUAUAAUGACUUGUUAGAGCUGGAAACGUUUCUUGAACAGCGCCUCUUGGAAGCUGAAUCAGCUGGAAAUGAUGUUUUGUCUUCAAGUUUGUUUCACAAUGCUCCAUCAAUUUUACAGAUGCAAUCAACUGAAAGUUUGAAACAGAUGUUAAUUUCUGUAAAAUCUAUAUCAUCACAACUUAUGACAACCAAGCUAAAGCAUUUAUAUCUUAUUAAAAACUCACCAAGGUAUGUUGACAGAUUAGUCGAAUCCCUUAAAAGCAAAUUGGAAACUGCUGAGAGAAUGGUUGAAUGUCAAAAAGCUGUAAAGCUGAAGUAUCAAGAAGCUGUUGAAGAAGAAAAAGCUCUUGACCCUAAGAUUAAGUUAAUUGUAGAGAAAACAAAAAUUCUUCUGUCUGAGGUUGAAAAGGAUAUAUCAAAGAGAUAUAAAAACCGACGUGUUAAUAUCAUGGGAGGAUUAAGUGCUCUACAACAGAUUACUGCUUAUUGAAUGUAUAUUUUUUAAAUAUUCAUAACAACCAAAAAUUUUGUUGUAAUAAUUUUAUACGUAUUCAAUUUUUUUUUUAUUUUCGAUGUGUUUUUUUUUUGUGUCAAAGAAAAUUAUUUUAUUAUUAAAUAUGCCUAAUAUUAAUUAUUUCAAAAAUUAAUAACUUGCCACUGAAUAAAUUAUUUCUUUUGAUAUUUAUGAAGUUUUUUAAAUGCAAAUUCAGAUCUUUUGAUAUUUAUUAACAAAAAUGUGAAACAUUAGUGAAGAAUUAUAUCUCAAAAUGUGAACCUUGCACAUGACAAAUAUUUAUUUCUCUAUGAAAUAAAUUCCAGAUUAUGAUAUGUAAAUCAAUAGUGAAUGUGUCCUUGAAGCUUAUAAAAUUGCAGCUGAAGAAUUUUUUCUUCAUUUCUGUAUUCUUCAUUCAGAUAUAAAAACUGUUACUUGGUUCUGUUGCAUGAUUUUACGAAUACUGAAAUUCAAGCCAAAAAGAAUUUAUGUGAAGAAAAAAAGUCAACAAAUUCCAUAUUUCAAUAUUUUUUUGUGCAUAUUAAUUAGACCUUUCGGACUCAGUCAGUUUACAUGCAAAGGAAACAAAUGUGUAAUAUUCUCAUCUUUCAUAUCUUUGAAUUUUUUAAACAAUUUUUUCCUUGAUGUUGAUUUUCUGAUUAUAAAUCUUAGAAGUAAGACCAAAGUAAAAGUCUUCUCAAAAUCGUUUGUGAGUAGGUAAAUGAAUUGUACGACUAAUUUUUCAGUAAGAGUUUAUUUUAAUGUUUCCUUACUACAGCCAUUGUUAAAUAAUUUUCAAAAGUCGUUUUGAUUUGCUAAAAUAUAAUUAUGCUCAAUAUCCUGAAAAUGUGCACACAUUAUGAGAAGUGCAUACAAAUUAUUUAAAGGAAUAAGUUUAGAGUUGUUUUUAAUAGCAUUCUUAUUUUAGUACGAAGACUUUUUUUCCACUUAAAAAUCACUGGGAUGUUUCCUGGAAGAAUAAAUUGUCUUAGUGCCUUACAUUGGUAUAAUAUGUUUUCUCAUUAAUAUAUUUUUUUACUAAAUAUGUGACUUAUAGAAAUUUUUCAAUAUAAAUUGAACUUUGAAAUUGAUGCUAAAAUUUUGUUUUCCAAACAAGAUCUUAAAUUGCAUAUAUCUUUAAUUUAUGGUUAUUUAUUUUAGCA